AUUCGGAGAUAUCACGAUUUCUCUAGAAAAUAAUAGAGCGGGCUACUAUGUGAAAGUGGCUAAACAAAAGAGGGGAUCCAUUCAGAUACCUAUGGGACCAAAUAAUUCGAGCUUAUUUAAAUUCCUUAAUGUUUUUUCUAAUUUUGUAGGGCUCUCAAAACCAUUGCAGGACGACUCAAUCUCUCUCCAACAAGGGAUCAUGUUAGAAUACGAGGAUCCCACAUCCAUCUCUAAAUUAAUUUUACAUCAACAAACCCUGGCAGUCGGUACUGUUAUUGAACAUGUCUUCUCUUCUGGGAAACUACCGCAAUUGCCACCGAUCGAGGCUUACUCAUGUGUGUUUGACGAUUUUGAUCAUUCCGAAGACUCCAUCUUCGCAGAUGACUUCUUGGGGCAUGCAACAGAAAUUGAACGUUGUCCUCCUAUUUCGUACCCAGAAGAAAUUAGGAAGUCCAAAUUCAAUAAGGAAAUUUGCUGGAAAGCCAAUUUCAUAACCGCAGAAAACUGUCUGCCAACUGAAAAUUUGAACACGCAGUUGAAAAUAUACAAAAAAACCCAGAAGAAUAAAAGGCGUCAUAGCAUGAGAACAAAGUCUCAAUCCAGCGACUUCCCAUGGGACUAGUUUAUAUAUUUACUUUUAUUUCCUACCUUUUUUUUUGUUUCCUUCUUUUUUUUCCUUUCUGUAAUGCUCUUCUUGUUUUCCUUUUUUGCAUUGUACUAUUUCCCUUUUAUCAAUAAAAUUGCUCUUUGGUUAAAAAAAGAAAAAAAAGAGCAUGGUCAAUGAACAUGGCAAUAACUAUGGUUGAGUAUAAGAAGUGAAUAUGAAAAUAUGUAAUGUUGUACAUGGAAAUGAAGGAAUACAUUGAGGAAGUGUGUUGUGCAACGAAUCGGAUGCAAUAGAUUGUGUCAUAACAUUGGCGGAAAGUGCAGUGAUUAUGACAAGUAGUGCAGUAAUGUAGAGCAGUAUCACCUGCAUGAACCGAAAGUGCAAUAUUUUAGUCGUAACUAGUCACGUUUUAGUGCUUGCAUUAGAAAUAUGCACUUUAAUGUAGCCAUUCAACUCUCUUUGUAAGGGAAUAACAUGCAGCCUUGAUUACGUAUGAUACGAAUGGUACAUGGGUUGACAUUAAAAAAUCAUAAAUCAUAGCGCAUUAAUAAAACCAAUACUUAGACUAAACGCAUAAUAGGUCACACGCUGCAAUUUCGCGUUGCUAAUUUACGGAGUACUUCCCUCCUUUCCUGCCGCCCGCUUUCACUGAUACCGCGAGGAAGAAGCAGUUUAUUUAUAAGGAUAUUUUGGUCCUUCAAACAGUCAUUUACAAUCGGUUAAAAAUUCUUAAUUUAUUUUUAGUCAUACACACGAAGAAAAACAACUCUGGUCAUAUUCUCGGAAACUUGAUUAGAUUUGGUCAUAUAACGGUAUUUAUCCCUUCAAAUUAACCC